GAUCGCUGCAGCCGCAGCACCAUAAACGAGGUGCCAGGGCAGCACAGCCAGGCGGGAGGUUUGAUCCUCGUGCGUUUCGCCUAGAACGUUAUUGAUGAAUAAGAGCAAGCUUGACAAUUUGAGCACUCUCUUCUGGUUUUUUAAGCUUUCAUACCAACCCGCACGCCUUCAGCACGAUUGCUUUAUUAUUAUUUAUAAAUAUUAGAAGCAUAGAACCCAAAAACGCACACCGAUAAGAGAAGCAAAGAAAAAAAGAAUGGCAACGACUGUAGCUACUACCACUACUACUGCAGCGGGGCGCAGAGCAACCUCACCGCCGCCCCCUCCAACUCACCCCGCAGAUGAGAAUCUCACGAGCAGCGCCGCGUUACUUGCAGAACUUCUUCGUGGGGCUGGACCGACGUCCCACUCUCACUCCCCCGCUGCCGCUGCUGCCGCGACCAGUACUAAUCGAUGCCCGCUCUUCCCUACCGAGUCGGAAGACUACUACUGCCUCAGCUGCUACGCACGGUGCAGUGGCCUGUCUCUACUCGUGGGGCCGCACACCAACCACGACUACCUACCCUUCCAAGACGCGCUCCUGUACAUGCCCGCAGCGCUGCUACGCGAGACCCAGGAAGUGGUACGGGAGUCGGAAGAAAGCUUUGCAAAGCCGUGGCGCGCGCAGGAUCAGCAGCGAGAAGAGACGCUGGCCUAUCUUCUCCACCUCCGCCAGAGCAAAGUGGCUGCUGUGGCGCGGCUGAUGGAGGAGAUCCAGCAGGUGGAUCAGCAGCUGCUGCACGUGACGGAGGCGAAAGCAGUGAACCUGAGCAACUGGCGCUAUCAGCAGCGUGCCCUGCGGCGAAAAAUGGAGAAGCUGAAGUCUGGUGCGGACACGUUGUGGGCCUCGCUGACAGCGGAUGUACAGGCACCGUCAUCGCGCCCCACACGCGUCGCAGCAGCGGCGACAGCAGCGCCGUCCUGGCAACACAGUCAGCAAGUCGCGCAGAAGGAGUUAGCCCAGGUACAAGGUCUCCUCCAACAGCAGCUGCGACAGCUAGAAAUAGAUGAGGCAGCCGCACUCGACCAGCUCCAAACGUGGCACGGCUUACUGAACGCCGUUCCGCAAGGCUGCAAUGGGGAAACGGAGAAGCUGCCGCCCCACCACUCUCCUGUUCGAGCGCACUCUACGCAGCCCACAUCGCCAGCUCCGCCCUCUCCCUCCUCCUCCGCGGUGCCAGGCGCUCUCGUUUGCAGCGCAGUCGAACCGCCGGCCCUGCACCCCUCCAACGCGGAGGUGGUGCUCCUGCAGCACGCUCUUCGCAGCGUCAACGACGGGCUGCGUCACCGCCUCCUUCGUGCGGCAGCGGCGUCCCUCGCCUCCUCCUCCGCCUCUUCUUCGAGCUCGCGGUUGCCGUCCAGUAGUCGGGAGGGCACCAGCUGCAGCUACUUCCCUUAUACGCCGGUGUUAGCCGCGGAGAUGAUCAGCUCAGGCCUCUCUCCGCUACCCGGCGAGACGCCACUGCGGGAGCAGGUGGCGGUCGCCGCCCUCUCCCACCCACCGCUCACGCCUGAAGCGACAAAGCCAGCAGCAACGGGAGAAGGAAAGCGCCCGGCAGCCGCGCUGAAGUCGCCGCCGCGUCGACCGCGUUCCCCUACGAGUGGGUCGGCACCCAGCGGGGUGGAUUUGCAGGCGGAGGAGGAGGAGAAGGACGGGCACGCACAACAGGCACGAUGGCAGUCUUGGCAGGCACAGGAGCAGGCCUUGAAGGCGUCUCUCAACCAACUGCUGCAGAGUGCCGCGGCCUCCGUGGAAAACAGCGCGAGAACGCCUCCUUCCUCAUCUCUGUCGGGCUCCUCGAACGAGAAGAGCCGAGGUGCGGCGUACGGCGCUGCAAUGCUGCGCUGA